AUGACAACAUUGAGAUCCCGAGCCUUCUUCCUCCUCCUCCUCCUCAUCUCCCUCUCAUCCCUGCUUUACACACAGUGGGAGCUGAGAAAAGGUCUGUCCCUGCUGCCCCUGCACCUAGAUCGCCCGGCCUCCCAGCAUUGGGUGUGGCUGUCAAUGGAGCCUCCUGUCAACAAUGCAAACCUCACACAACUCACCAGCCUCUUUAUCUGGAUGAUGAGCUACAGACGUGAUGCAGACAUAUUCAUCCCAUAUGGAAAAACCAUGGCAGGAGGUGAUGAGCUAGGCUUCCGGCCUGCUUUAAAUCACUCCUGCCUUGUCAGCUGGGUGAUCAGCAGAUACAAACCUUGUGGUGCUAGGGCUUGUGUUUACCAAGAUCUAAAGAAGCAUAUCCCCAUAGAGGUAUACGGAAAGUGAAACAUGAACCCCUAUCAAAAAAAAAAGCUGUUGACCACAAUUGCAAAGUGUGUUUUCUACCUGUCUUUUAAGAACUCUGAGGCUAAAGAUUACAUCAGUGAGAAGUUCUGGAGGAACGCUUUCCAAGCAUGGGUCAUACCAGUAGUUCUCUGCCCCAGCAGGGUGACCUAUGAAGCCCUGGCUCCCCCUGGUUCCUUUAUCCAUGUAGCUGAUUUCAAGACCACAGCAGAUCAAGCUGCCUAUCUGAAGCAUGUGGCUGCAGACAGACAGGCCUAUGAGGAGUACUUCCGGUGGCACCACACUCACAGAAUAAAAACCUACACUGACUGGAGAGAAAGGCUGUGUCAAAUCUGUGUUAAAUACCCCAGUUUACCAGGCAAUAAAGUCUAUCAGGACCUGGAGAGCUGGGUUAACAGCUAA